GGUUAUCCGCAGCACUUUCCUCACCCUGUCACAGUGAUAAUCAGUGCCCUGCAGUUCCACCCAGCAGUGCCACUCACCAGUGCCCAGCAGUGUCACCUAUCAGUGCUCCCCAUCAGUGCCACUCAUCAGUGCUGCCCAGCAGUUUCGCCCAUCAGUGCCCAGCAGUGCCACCCAUCAGUGCCGGCAUUCCGCCCACCUGUGCCCAGCAGUGCGCCCACUAACUCCGCCCCACCUGUGCCCAGCAGAUCACCCACCUGUGCCUAGCAGUGCACCCACCUGUGCCCAGCAGUGCAUCCAC